UUAUCAUAAAAAAGCUUCUACUAAACUUUACUUGACCUUGCUAGUUCUUUUCCGCUCAGCUACUGCGAUUGAGACAUGUCGUAUUCACCUGAAAGAAGAUCAGAGGAUUGGCCAGAAGAUAAAAAUGGGCCAUCCAAAGAUCAAGGCUACGAUGGACCACCGGGUAUGGAACCCGGCGGCGCACUUGAUACAAACUGGCAUGAAGUCGUAGAAAGCUUCGAUGACAUGAAAUUAAAAGAAGAGCUACUCAGAGGUAUCUAUGCCUAUGGUUUUGAGAAACCCUCUGCUAUACAGCAACGCGCAAUUAUGCCUUGCAUCCAAGGUCGCGACGUUAUAGCUCAAGCCCAGUCUGGGACUGGCAAAACUGCUACUUUUUCAAUUUCAAUUCUGCAACAGAUCGAUACUAGUAUUCGCGAAUGUCAAGCUCUCAUUUUGGCCCCAACCAGAGAAUUGGCUCAACAGAUUCAAAAGGUUGUUAUAGCUCUUGGUGAUCACUUGAAUGCAAAAUGCCAUGCCUGUAUCGGUGGUACAAAUGUUCGUGAAGACAUUCGUCAGCUGGAGAGUGGAGUUCACGUGGUUGUAGGGACUCCUGGUCGCGUGUAUGAUAUGAUUACACGUCGCGCCCUCCGUGCCAACACAAUCAAGUUGUUUGUUCUCGAUGAAGCAGAUGAAAUGUUAUCGAGGGGUUUCAAAGACCAGAUUCAUGAUGUGUUUAAAAUGCUGUCAGCUGAUGUACAAGUUAUUUUGCUAUCGGCCACAAUGCCAGAUGAUGUAUUGGAAGUGUCACGAUGCUUCAUGAGGGAUCCUGUCCGCAUCCUUGUACAGAAAGAAGAGCUUACAUUGGAAGGUAUCAAGCAAUUCUUCAUAUCAAUUGAACUUGAAGAUUGGAAAUUGGAGACUCUUUGUGACUUGUAUGACACUCUAUCCAUUGCUCAGGCUGUUAUCUUCUGCAAUACUCGUCGCAAGGUGGACUGGCUAACUGAGUCUAUGCAUGAACGUGACUUCACUGUGUCUGCUAUGCACGGUGAUAUGGACCAGCGUGAACGUGAGGUCAUCAUGAGACAGUUCCGUACAGGAUCGUCCCGUGUUCUGAUCACCACUGAUCUGUUGGCCCGUGGUAUUGACGUACAACAAGUCUCCUGCGUUAUUAACUAUGAUCUGCCUACUAACCGUGAGAACUACAUCCAUCGUAUCGGAAGAGGAGGUCGUUUCGGCCGUAAAGGAAUCGCUAUUAACUUUGUUACUGAAGCAGACAAGAGAGCUUUGAAAGAUAUAGAGGAAUUCUAUCAUACGACUAUUACGGAAAUGCCAAAUGAUGUGGCUAACCUCAUCUGAGGCGCCAUCGCAUUCCAAUUUAUACUUUGUGUCCUGCAUUCUAUUGCGAUAUUUAAACGAAAAUCUACCAACUGAGCUGUUGAAAUGCACUUUGGACACAACUAUGUGGAAAUAAUAAAUCAAAAUUUCCUCUAAGUCAUUACUUUCUUUUGACAGGUCCUCUUUUGAUCCUGUGUUCCCUUAUACUAAUAAUUUUCUACAUGGUUUUUAUGUUCAUUUAAAAUUAUUUAUAUUUUUGGAAUAAAUUUUCUUCGAAAUAUA